GAAACUGUACCAAAGGAGGAGGCGUGGAGAAAGAGGUACCCCUGGAUACGGUUGCCAAAUAAGGAAAGCUACGAUUGGAGCGUUUUUUGUUUGGCAUCCCCAGCCACCUCACUUGUGAGAAGGUGCUGGGACGAUGUUCUACGCUCACUUUGUCCUCAGCAAACGUGGGCCGCUGGCCAAAAUCUGGCUGGCGGCCCACUGGGAUAAGAAGCUUACCAAGGCACAUGUAUUUGAGUGCAAUUUGGAGAGUAGCGUGGAGAGUAUCAUUUCGCCAAAGGUGAAGAUGGCUCUGCGCACAUCUGGUCACUUACUGCUGGGGGUCGUGCGUAUCUACCACAGAAAAGCCAAGUACCUGCUUGCUGACUGCAACGAGGCUUUCAUCAAGAUCAAAAUGGCCUUUCGCCCAGGUGUGGUGGACCUGCCUGAGGAGAACCGUGAAGCUGCUUACAAUGCUAUCACCUUACCUGAAGAGUUUCAUGACUUUGACCAGCCUCUUCCAGACUUGGAUGACAUUGAUGUUGCACAGCAGUUCACCCUGAAUCAGUCUCGAGUAGAGGAAAUCACGAUGAGAGAAGAGGUGGGCAGUUUGAAUCUGCUGCAGGAAAAUGACUUCGCUGAUUUCGGAAUGGACGACCGAGAGAUGAUGCGGGAGGAGAAUGCGUUUGAAGUGGAUAUCAUCCACGGAGCCUCCGCAUCUAACCUGCUGAUGGAGCCUGAGUCCGGCAGCGGGCAGAUAACAGACAAGUCCAACCACCUGGAGUAUGACCAGUACAAAGACGACUUUGGAGACAACCCUAUGGAGAGCAGCGAAGGUGGCAUGCUGGUGGACAAGCUUCUUAGUAAUGAGGAUGGCGGUGGCAUUUUUGAUGACCCUCCUGCCAUUACUGAAAACGUCAUGAUGCCCCAGGAUCAUGGUGGAGAUGAUGAUGACGACUUCGACAACCUGUCUCCUGCUGGAGGUCCAGACAGCCCAGACUCUGGUCCUGCUGAGCAGCUCCCCACCAUGGCCGACCAGACCGAGCAGACCACACUGGUGCACAACGAAGAGGAGGCCUUCGCCCUAGAGCCCAUCGAUAUCACAGUUAAGGAAACCAAAGCGAAGAGGAAGAGGAAGCUGAUUGUUGACAGUGUGAAGGAGCUGGACAGCAAGACCAUCCGGGCACAGCUGAGUGACUACUCGGACAUCGUCACCACGCUGGACCUGGCUCCGCCCACAAAGAAGCUGAUGAUGUGGAAAGAGACGGGAGGGGUGGAGAAGCUCUUUUCUCUGCCUGCACAGCCUCUGUGGAAUAGCAGGCUCCUCAAGAUGUUCACACGGUGCCUGACCCCUCUUGUGCCAGAGGAGUUGAGGAAGAGAAGGAAGGGUGGGGAGGCAGACAGCCUGGAUGAGUUCCUCAAAGACCUGGAGAACCCUGAGGUGCCGAGGGAGGAGGCUCUGUCUCAGCAGAGAGACAUCAUUGACCAGACUAUCCUAGAGGAGCCUAGCGUGUUGCAGGCCUCUGCCAUGGAGGGCAGUCGUACCACUCUGGAUGAGACGGUCAUGCCUCCUCCCUCUGGCCACCGGGGGCAGAAACGCAAGGGCCAGGACACCGAGCCUGCCCUGCCUAUGCUGGAGGAUGACCGCUCCUCUAUCGUGUCCACACGACUCAACAUGCAGCAGGUGGAGCUCAACAUGCCCCAGGUGGAGCUCCCUCCAGAAGAACCUGGCAACAUCUCUCAGCUCAUCCCUGAGCUCGACCUGCUCGGAGAGAAGAACAAGGAGAAGAAGGAUGAUGAUGAGGAGGAGGAGGAGGAAGAAGGACAGGGAGGAGACCAGGACCAGGAGGAGAGGAGGUGGAAUAAGAGAACCCAGCAGAUGCUGCACGGCCUGCAGAGGGUGCUUGCCAAAACAGGCGCAGAAUCAAUCAGCCUGCUGGACCUUUGCAAAAACAACAACAAAAAGCAGGCAGCAGCCAAGUUCUACAGCUUCCUGGUACUAAAGAAGCAGCAGGCCGUGGAGCUGACCCAGUCUGAGCCCUACAGUGACAUCAUCGCCACUCCUGGCCCCAGGUUUCAUGUCAUAUAGACUAUCACUCCAUGUGGUCAAGUGACAUUACACUGGCAGAUUUUAUUAUUUUAAUGCUUUUGUUUGUAAAUAAUGUGUUGCAGCUAUCUAUGUGUGUUUUUAUGUGACUUAACUACAUGUGCUAUAAGUCCCUCAAGCUGAAGAUGGAUUUUUAUGUUGGACCAUGUUUUGGAGCUCUUGUUUUAUAUAGGAAUGUGUUGCAGUUGUAUUCUAGUACUUUGAACACUCCAGAGCAACGGUAGACAGUGGGUUUCUGCACUUGUUUCACAUACUGUACUUACUACAGAUGUUUCAUCCUUUCUAAUAAGUAU